AUGGCACCAAAUCGUACUCAGUUACAAAAUCUAGCCCAGAAAAAUAAUGAGUCUUUUAAGGAGUAUGCGCAGAAAUGGCGCGAGUUGGCGGCUAGAGUCCAACCGCCUAUGCUGGAAAGAGAGAUGAUGGACAUGUUCACUAACACUUUGGAGGGCCAAUAUUACUCCGCCUGCUCUGCAUCUUCGAGCUUCGCCGAUUUGGUUAUGAUCGGUGAACGUAUUGAAAGUGGGAUUAAGGUUGGAAGAAUACAGAAUACAAGUGCUGCUAGUUCCUCCUCUGGGGCUGGUGGAAAGAAGCCAUACAAUGGAUUUGCUAAGAAAAGGGAGGGCGAAACAAGUGCUGCUUACUAUGGUCAAGGUAAGGGCUAUGCUCAUCAACAAGUAGCCGCUGUAACUAUACCAAAUGCACCUUUUCAGCAAUAUCAACAACAACGGUAUCCGCCACGUCAGUAUCAACAACGACCGAAAAUGCCAGAAAGGGUUUUUGACCCGAUCCCGAUGAUGUAUGCACAAGUAUUGCCGUAUCUCCUCGAUUUGAAGUUGGUCCAAUUGAGGACUCUGGCCAUUCCUGCUAAGUUGCCUGCUAGUUGGGAUGCCAACGCAAGAUGUGAGUUCCACUCUGGGUCACCUGGACAUAAUAUUAAAAAUUGUAAAGUAUUGAAACAUAAGGUCCAGGAUCUUAUCGACUCUAAAGCCAUCGAGUUUACUCCUACUCAAGGACCUAAUGUUGUUCAGAAUCCUAUGCCUCCCCAUGGAGCUCAUGCUGCAAAUGCCAUUGAGGUUGUUGAAGAUGCUCGCUUGGUCAAGGAUGUGAUCGAAUUGGGCUCUCUGUUGCCAUUAUUGAAGAAGGAAUUAUUGAGGAUGGAUCUAUACUCUGGUUGUGGGGAAUUCUGUGCUGAUUGCAUGGCCAUUUCCUCAGUUUGUGAUAAGGUGAAAAGUGGGGUUCAACAGUUGAUAGAUAGUGGGUAUCUACAGUUUGAGCGUGUGCGUCGUCCUGAAAUGGUUGAAAAUGAAGUUAAUGUGGCAUCCAUUCCGUAUAUUCCUGCCAAGAUUCCAAUUCCCGCCCGAGCACCUCCUUUGGUUAUUACAUUGCCUGGUCCCGUCCCGUAUACUAGUGAAAGAGCAAUCCCAUGGAAUUAUGGGACAAAAGUUUUCUACCAAGGGGCCAAGUAUGAGAUCAAGUCGCCGGUUGAGAAAGAGGAUGUGGAUAAUGUUGUUGUCAUUGGAAGAAUGACAAGGAGUGGUCGUAUUUUCAAUCCUCCCCAGAAUACUCGCGAUGAUAAUGCAGAAGCUUUAGCUCAAGCAAAAGGGAAAAGAGUGGUAGAAGAUACAGUGGAUCACGGGCAAAGCUCUAAUUCUGAAGAUACUGUGGCCAAAGAGAUGGAAGAGUUCCUAAAGAUCAUCAAGAAAAGUGAGUAUAAAGUGGUUGACCAACUGAGUCCAACUCAAUCAAAGAUUUCGAUUUUGCAGUUGCUCCUGUGUUCGAAGACACAUCGAAAUGCUUUAUUGAGACUUCUAAGUACUGCCUUUGUCCCUCCGGAAAUCUCAGUGAAUCAACUUGAAGGAGUGGUGUCAAACAUCAACGCUGGUAAUGGAUUGGGAUUCACUGAUGCAGACUUGCCUUCCGAAGGUAGAAACCACAAUAGAGCUUUGCAUAUAUCAGUGGAGUGUAAAGGGACUAUGUUAUCACGUGUUCUCGUGGAUACUGGAUCUUCUUUGAAUGUAUUACCGAAGUCAUCUUUGAUGAGGCUAGAUUAUUCUGGUGUUGAGAUAAGGCCGAGUGAACUAACGGUGAGAGAUUUUGAUGGCUCAAAGAGAUCAGUGUUUGGGGAAGUUGACUUGCCAAUAAUGAUAGGUCCCCAGCUCUUCACCAUUACUUUCUUUGUGAUGGAUAUCCACGCGUCUUACAGUUGUCUCCUGGGACGUCCAUGGAUCCAUGCUGCUGGGGCCGUGACUUCCACAUUGCAUCAGAAACUCAAGUUCGCAACUCAAGGAAAGAUAGUCACCAUAUGUGGGGAAGAAGAACACGUAGUAAGUCAUCUCGCGUCUUUCAGGUAUAUUGAGGUGGAAGGAGAGGUCCACGAGACACCAUGCCAAGCUUUUGAGGCUGUCCAGACUAUCAAGAUCCCCUAUGUUGAAAAUAAGAAGUUGGAGGCCCCCAUGUCUUCACUAAAGGAAGCUAAAGCUGUGGUUGAGUUUGGUCAUCCUGAAAGAUGGGGCCGAGUCUUGGAUUUACCGAUCAAGCAGGAUAAAUGUGGGAUUGGUUAUCAAGUGGGUCAGAGUUCAUCUAAUGAGGCCCCCAAGAAGCCCGGAACUUUCGUUCCGAUCAAGUUCUCUAGUGCUGGCAUUGGCAAGGAUCAUAUUUGUGCUGCUGAUGAUGAUAUGGAUAGCGAUUAUGAUAUCGAGGGAUGGAUCAAACCAUGUGCCCCAGGACAUAAGCUUCUCAACUGGUCAUCCGAGGACAUCAUCUCAAUUGCUUUUGAUCAAGAGUAA